UGAUCUUUUGUUUCUAUUCCAAUAUCACUUGUAAUAUAAUACAUUAAUCCUCAAGUUGGGAAAGGAAAUUAUGUGUGAGUGGUGCAUUGCAUUAUGUACUGUCUUGUGGCUGCUAAGAGGAGAUAGUUCCUGGCAUCUUCCAUUGGACUUCAUUACUUCAUUACUUCAUCAAAAUCAUAAAGCCACUGCCCUAUAAAUAUAAGCAUAUGAGAAGGGGUUUUUGUAAAUUGUAAUUCAUAAGAAGUUUUUACAAGUAAUAUAAUCAUAAUGUCAAAAGCAGGGGCAAAGAAUGAAGAGGCAACAGUAGUAUCUAUAGAUACUGCAAGUGAAAAUAAAAAGGAUAGAGAAGAGAAGAACAGUGGUUGGAUGAAACCAGGAGAUGUGGAUUUUGUAAUGGUUGUCGUAACAUUCAUCGCAGCCGUGGCAUUCCAAGUAGGAAUAAACCCACCGGGCAGUGUAUGGCAGGAGGACAAGAAUGGGUUUACUGCAGGUAAAUCAAUAAUGGCAUCAAAAUCACCUUCGGAAUACAAGAAAUUCAUGGCGGGAGUGACACUAUGUCUUGGAUUUUCAUUGAUCCAGUUAUGUGUGAUGUUAUUCAGAUGGUAUCUCAAAAGUUAUUCAGUUAGGAGAAUGAUUAUGUACAUACUGAUGCUGUGUACAAUAGCGCCAAUGAUUGUUUCGUUUUGGGCCUCUGUUAAAGCUUUGACACCUGAUGAAAAACUAAUGUCUGAGAUCACUGCUACCAUAUGGUCUAUUUUGGGAGUCUAUCUUAUAAGUCUCCCAAUUAUUCUUCUAUACUACCUAGUCAAGACGUUCUUGUGAGUUAUAUCAUUUUCCUAAUGGUUUUAUCUUCUAUUAAUUUCUUUAAUUCAUAAAAAAAAUCAAUGUAAUUUGUUUAAUUUUCUUUUGUAAGUUUUGAGUUAAUAAACUUCAAUUGAGAUUUGUUAUUUGGUUUCUAA